CACUGCAUUUUCCCCUUCCUCUCUGCUUCCACCCCACCACAUCAUUCCUCCUCCAUCCUCCGCAUCUCCAUCCACACCAAGAAUCGCUCUUGCCACUGGUGCCUCUUUCGGCAAGAGCAAUGUCGUCCGAACGGAAGCGGAAGGGAAAAGAGGCGGCGACUGCUCCAAAGGCCCCGCCCCCGGAGCCGGUGACCGCGAAGUUCGAUCUCGGGAACGGCAGGCGCCCCUUGUGCGCGCCGCUGCAGCAGAAGAUUGGGGACGUCCCUAUUUUGCAUUUCAACCUGGCCGCGUCUGAUUUUCUUGCCGAGUACAUCCGCGUCAUCGAUCUCACUCUUACAAGGGCGGAAGCCAUAGCACCAGCUACCUUACUCGGCCGUGCCAUCACACCCAUCGCCAAUCCAUGCAACCGGCCCAAACCCUAUCCAAAGAACUGGGACUUUAGGGAUGGGAACAGCCACUAUAUCAUUGAGAUGAGGUGCACCCAAACGAAGAAUGGAAAAUUUAUCAAACUUUUAGAUGGAAUGAGAGUGCGGAUACUCUUCUGUGACUACAAUGGCUACCAAAUUGGAUUUAGCCGGUACCUCGAUGGAGAGUGGAGCGUGUGGUACUAUUGCAGUAAUGAUUUUCCUCUCCCAUUCUUCCUUAGGAAAGAUGCAAUCAAGCUCCCUUUCGAAGGUGACUACACUAGCAUGUAA